AUGGGUAGCGCUCUUUAUCUGGCACCUUCAGCACCAGUACCAACCUAUGAUAAGCCCCUCUCCUGGUUCCGCGCGGAUCUCCGAACGGAUCGGAGAAACGCGGACUCGUUCGAGAUCGGUGCGCGCGCACGCGAUUAUCUUCCCCUGUCAUCUUCUGCGUCGCUCUCAUCUUCCCCGGCUCACGAUAAGGACGAGAUGGCGCAAGUGGUCGACGGCCCCGCAUGGCGAUCGCGCCCAGUCGCAGGGUUGGCGCGACCGUGGUCUGCGAGGAGUCGUGCCCUGCGCCCCGGCCUUCGCGGUCUCGAGAAGACCGCCGAGCAUCAGGAUCGCGUUCAGGCGGACACCUCGCCCUCGACCGACGUUUACGAGCGACGCGGACGCCGCGGAGUUCCAGCGUCUGUGGCGGGUCCACCAUGCUGCGUAUCGAGCGGCGUCGAGGAGCGCCGUACUGGAGCGCUGCGCCGAGAGGGCGUUGGAGCAGCGGGUAGACAGGCUGUGGAGGGCGGAGCGCAUAGCCAAGCUCCGGAUACUUAG